AUGAAGGGUCUAAUUGCGUUGAUUGGUGGACUGGCGGUUGUGGCGGAGGCUGUCCUGCAGCCGAGGUGGAUGAGCAGCAAGAGGGCGGCGGAGGGGUAUGCGCCGCAUACGAUUGAUAUGCCGAUUGAUCAUUUUCCUGAGAGCUGUCGCUAUGUUCCGCAUACGAAUGAUACGUUUAAGCAGCGGUACUGCCCGGUUUUUCUCUACAUUGGUGGAGAGACGAGUGGAGAAUCGAGAUUCCCGAACUUGCAGACUGGAAUCAUUCAGAUAUUGAUGGAAAAGUUUAGUGGCCUGGGUGUAAUUCUUGAGAAUCGGUAUUAUGGAGAGAGCUAUCCGUUUAAUACUAGUACGACGGAUGAGUUAAGGUUCUUGACUACGGAGCAGACAAUUGCUGAUAACGCCUACUUCAGGGAAUAUGCCACGUUCCCUGGUGUCAAUGCUACCCUCAGCGGACCCGACGUUCCAUGGAUAAUGUACGGUGGUUCGCUCGCUGGUGCACAAACCGCAUUUACCAUGAAGACUUAUAAUGGCAAGUUUGCCGGUGGCAUUGGCAGCAGUGCCACUGUUCAAGCACUCCUCGAAUACCCAACCUGGUACAACCCGAUCAUGAAGUAUGGACCCGCGGACUGUGUCUCCCUUAUUGUCGAUAUUAUCAACAAAAUCGACAACCUCAUCUGGGACGACAACAAAGAAGGCAUCCAAGCCGUAAAAGAAGUCUUCGGUCUUGGGGACCUCUCCAGCCUAGGCGACUUCGCCAUGACCAUCGCCUUCCCCAUCGGCGGCCCAAUGAAUUACCCCACAAACACCUGGCAAGAGCUCAACUGGUCCCCUCUCUACGGCCACAACGACUUCUGGAACUUUUGCAGUAACGUCACAAACCCCAACCCACCCGCAAAUAUCAGCAGCAUCGACACAUCCCUCUCCAAAUACACAAACGGCGACCCCUGGACCGGCCUCGGCAACUACGCAAACUACAUCAAGCAAAUCUUCCUACCCCUAUGUACCACCGGCCGCAUCAACUCCACAGAUCCCGGCUGCUUCAGCACCCAAAACCAAACCUUCUACGCUGACCCCACAAACGGCGCCGCUCGCUCCUACCUCUACUCCACAUGCGCGGAAUCCGGUGGCUACCAAGUUGCCCCCGUAAUGGGUCCCUCGCUUAUCUCGCGCGUCCUGAAAAUCCCUUACACCCAACAAUGGUGUACCUGGGCCUUUCCCGACGGCCAAUUCAACAGCGUUCCUGCUACGCCGUCUCUGCACUACUACAACAAGUACGGCGGGUGGGACCUACAAGCCGAGAACCUGGCGCUCAUUGACGGGAACACGGAUGUGUGGCUUGAUUUGUGCUAUCAUUCCAACUUUGCGUCUAGUCCGAGGAUUAGUAGUGAUGAGUAUCCGAGUUAUUUGAUUGCGGGUGCGGGGCAUCAUUGGGAUAGCUAUGGGAUUAAGGAUGUAGCUGCGGAGCCAGCGUAUAUUCGUGAGGCGCAUUAUUGGGAGAUGAGGAUUGUAAAUCGGUUCUUGGAGUUUUGGAGAGAGAAAAAGGGGUAAUGUGGGGGUGGGUUUGAGGGAUAUGUGAAGGGAGGUAGUGGAGCUUAGAUCUGAGGUAAGAUAGAAUAAAAUUGAUAAUACAUUU